ACCUGUACACGGCCCCAGAGUCCUGUGAGGGACGUUGUGAGGAGCCCUACGGCCCCGAGGACUCGUGUCACUGCCACCCCGAGUGCCGCCGCUACCGCAACUGCUGCCGCGACUACGACUGGCACUGCCACCCCGGGGGAUUCUCCAGGAGCCAAGAUGCCAUCACGGACCAGGAGCUCCUGGACAUCUCGGAGCAGCUUUACCAGCUGGACCACAACAAAGCCCAGCCCAGCGAUGUCACCAUCAACCCCCAGCACUGGGCUGGCCCUGAGGAGACAGGGGACCAGGAGGACCAUUCCCCACAGCCGCUCUACAAACACGUCAACGAGAAGCUCUUCUCCAAACCCACCUACUCAAGCUUCAUUAAACUGCUGGACAACUACCAGAGGGUGACUGGCAGGGAGGAGGAGGUGACAGCAGAGGAGCUGAGGGAGCAGGACACCUUCCUGAAGGAGGUGAUGGAAACUGAGCUGAUGAAGAAACUCUUUGCCUUCCUCCACCAAAAAAGUCGUUACGGCUCCGAGCAGGAGUUUGUGGCCGAUCUGAAGGAGAUGUGGUUUGGCCUCUACUCCAGGAGGGACGGUGAGAAGGACUCCAGCGGCUUCGAGCACGUCUUCUCAGGGGAGGUGAAGAAAGGGAAAGUGUCAGGAUUUCACAACUGGAUCCGCUUCUACCUCCUGGAGAAACGGGGUCUGGUCAACUACUUCAGCCACAACUUCGACGGGCCG